AUGGCUGCGACGGUGCAAUCUGGCCAAGGGCAGGGCCAUCUGGCCGACAACCUUGAGAAGCAGUUGAAUGAGAUUUUGGUGCAGAUGGGCAGGAUCUUUCAAGCCCGUGCUUCGCGUUCAGAGCGUGUGCCCCAGAUCAUCCUGAACGCCGAGAAGAAGAUGGGAGAAGCUACCGACAGCUUUCACUCAACCCUCGAUGAGAUGGAGAUGGAAAUCAUACGCGCAAAAGCUGUCUACAUGCGAGACCUUCAGAAGUUGCGGGAUCAGCAGAAGGCUGCUGUCCCUGGUCCAGCUCAACCGCCCGCACCCAUGGUCAUCGAUCUUGAUCCCCCAAAGGUCGAGAAAGCAUCCGUCCCGGUUGCGCCUAUGAUGGCCUCUGUGUCACCAUUCAUGCAGAAUCGACCAACGCCCAAGGUCCCGGAAACCAAGCCAGUUGCCCCCUUUCCAGACAUGGGCAUGGGCACUCCUGCGCACGCCGCGACCGCCGUCCCUUUCCAUCCCGUCAAGCCCACUGAGCCUAAGCGCCCGUCUCCAAAGCCAGCUCCCAAGUCAGGCCCGCCCUCUGGACGUCUAGCGACCAAGCCAUCCCCGCUGGUCAACUCCCAGAAGCAGAAAGUCCCUGCCACCGUGCCACCGGCCGCAUCUGCUGUGGUCCAACCCCCGGUCCCAGCUCAGCAGCCAGCUUCCAACCCACCGCCGCCUGCUCACAAUCCCUUUACCAACGCAACAUUCACACUCGACCCAGUCAACAACGAGCCACCGGCGCAGCCAGCUGCCCAGGACACCAUUAUGGACUUGACGAGCUUCGACAACACAACAGGCAGCCUUGACAGCCUGGGCUUAGGGGUACCCGCCCCCGGCGGAAAUACCGAGCCUGCUGUCAACAACAACGCCAACGCUGUAAACGACACUAGCAUGGAUGAUCUGGACCGCUUCUUCGACCUGGGUGAAGAGACCAACACAAAUUUUGAUGACAACUUCAACAGCAUGAACAGCAUGAACGAGUUCAUGAACGACGAUUUCGCCUUCGACACAUUCGAGUGA